AUGUAUAUCAAACGAGUGGUCAUCAAAGGUUUCAAAACCUAUCGAAAUGAAACCAUAAUAGACAAUUUUUCACCACAUCAUAACAUCGUCAUCGGUUCGAACGGUUCAGGUAAAUCCAAUUUCUUCUCCGCAAUCAGAUUUGUCCUCAGUGAUGAUUAUUCCAAUUUGAAAAGGGAAGAAAGACAAGGGUUAAUCCAUCAAGGUUCAGGUGGUGCUGUGAUGAGUGCCUCCGUGGAAAUUGUAUUCCAUGAUCCUAAUCAUAAGAUUAUAUUACCUUCAGGAGUGGUCCCAAGAGAGAAUGAUGAAGUUUAUAUUAGAAGAACCGUUGGUUUGAAGAAGGAUGAUUAUCAAUUGAAUGAUAGAAAUGUUACGAAGGGGGACGUCGUGAGGAUGUUGGAAAGUACAGGGUUCUCAAUGAAUAAUCCAUAUAAUAUUGUUCCUCAAGGGAAAAUUAUCGCCCUGACGAAUGCAAAAGAUAAAGAAAGAUUAAAUCUUUUGGAGGAUGUUGUGGGUGCCAAAUCAUUCGAAUUGAAAUUGAAAGCUUCCUUGAAGAAAAUGGAUGAAACAGAACAAAAGAGGAAUCAAAUUGAUAUGGAAAUGAAUGAAUUAAAUAGUAAGUUAAAGGAAAUGAAUCAGGAGAGGAAAGAAUUAGAAAAGUUUAACUCCCUAGAUAAGAAUAGGAAAGUGUUCCAGUUUACGCUUUAUGAUAGAGAAUUAAAUGAUAUUAUUACACAAAUUGAAAAUUUAGAUGGUGAUUAUAAUUCCACUGUGGAUUCAUCUGAAAAAUAUAUUAAAGAGUUAGAUAAGAGAGAAAAUAUCAUUUCCGAAUUAACAAAAAAAUUGACGGAAAUAGAUUCCUCUCUAAAGAUUAAGACUACAAAUGAUUUACAAAUUGCAAAAGCAAAUAAUUCUGAAAUUUUAAAUAAUUUGACAAAUUUAGAUGUUCAAAUAAAAGAUCUUAAAUUACAAUUAGAAACUCAAAAUGAGCAAACCAACUCUGAUAAAUCAAAUCUCGAAUUAAUUAACAAGGAAAUUGAAUCUCGUCGUCUUAAAUUAUCUAAAAUAUCUCCACGAUUCCAACAGCUAACCAAUGAAGAAUCUAGAUUUAAAUUGCAAUCCAACACAUUGAAGGAAAGACAAAGAGACCUACUAUUAAAAAAGGGAAGAUAUUCAAGAUUCCAUACCGCUCAAGAACGUAACGAAUGGAUAGAGAACGAAAUCAAAGAAUUAAAUCAGUUACAACAAAGUUUAAAUGAUACCAAAACUAAAAACAAAAUUGAAAAAGAUGAAGUGGCAGAGAGAAUAAAUACCAUUGAUGAAGAAAUUCAGGAGUUAAAUGAUUCUAUUCAAGGUCCAUCCAUAAAUGCAGAGCUUGAGGAUUUAGAAUCAAAUAUAGAUGACAUAAAACAACAAUACAAUUCAAGUAUAGAUCAACGUAAAGAACUAUGGAGAAAUGAACAAAAAUUAGAAACUGUCCUACAGACUAUACUUGAUAAUGUUAAAGAUUCAGAAAGAGCAGUUGGUGAAACAAUGGAUAGGAGUCUGGCAAAUGGUCUUAAGAGUGUCAAAGAAAUUGCUGAAAAAUUGAAACUUCCUGAAGAUUCUGUAUUUGGUACACUUGGUGAAUUGGUAAGUGUAAAUAGUAAGUAUAAAACAUGUGCCGAAGUAAUUGGUGGUAAUUCCUUGUUUCAUGUCAUUGUCGAUACGGAGGAGACUGCUUCCAAGAUAAUGAAAGAACUCUAUAGAAUGAAAGGUGGUAGAGUGACGUUUAUCCCAUUAAACAAAGUCUACUUUGAUAAUUCAAUUACUUUCCCCCCUGAAGAUCAAAGUUCUUAUACUCCAUUAAUUAAAAAGAUCAAAUAUGAUGAAAAAUUCGAUAAAGCUGUAAAACAUGUAUUUGGGAAAACUAUUGUCGUUAAAGAUCUAUCUACCGGUUUGAAGUUGGCUAAAAAAUAUAAAUUAAGCGCUAUAACUUUAGAUGGUGACAGAGCAGAUAAAAGAGGUGUAUUGACUGGUGGUUACCAUGAUCAACAUAAAAAGACAAGACUAGAUUCAUUGAAAUCUUUGAAUAGUUCGAGAACGAAACAUAAAGCAGUCACUGCUGAAUUAGAUCAAAUUACACAACAAUUAGAAGAGAUGGACUCGGGCAUAGAUGCAUUGAAUGGGUCUAUGAGGAAACUUGUAUCAAAUAAGGAUUCGAUAGUCUCAAAUAUCCAGUCCAUGAGAAUUAAAUUAAACGCUAAAAAAAGUGAAAAACUUUUACUGGAAGAAUCAUUGGAUGCCUUUGCUGUCAAGUCUGAAAGGCUGACUGCACAACUUACUCAAACAAAAGAGAAAAUAACGGCAUAUAAGGAAGACAUGACUAAAGAAUUUGAUAGUGAACUAUCUCAAUCUGAAAAAACCGAAUUGCUGACGUUGAACGAUGAUAUACAUACUAUACAAAAGAAAUUGACUCUAACAACAGAAGCUCUAGAGAGUAUAACUGGUGAAAUGGAUAUUUUGAAUGCAGAAUUAAAUUCCAAGUUAUUGCCACAACAAGAAGAAUUACAAUCACGCAUUGGUCAAAGUAACGAUAAUUUCACUCUUAAUCUUAAAGAUGAUUUGGAUAAAGCUAUGAGUGACUAUAAUUCUGUAGAAAAGGACUAUGAACUAUCAAAACAACAAACUGAAAUUAUUCAAAAGGAAAUCGAUGAUAUGAACUCAGAAAAGAGGAAUGAUGAAAAAACAUUGGAAAAGGCAAAUUCCCAACAAAAGCUACUAUUGAAGAAGUUAGAGAAUUUCCAAAAAGAUGCUGAAAAGACAAUGAUUAAGAAGACAACGUUAUCAACAAGACGUGAUGAAUUGCAACAAAAAAUUAGAGAAAUUGGUUUACUUUCUGAGGAUGUCUUGCACGAUUUCAACGACUUGUCCAGUGAGGAACUAUUAGAAAAACUAAAGUCAGUUAACGAUGAAAUAGCAGGUUUAAAUAAUGUGAAUAAAAGGGCAUUUGAAAAUUUCAAGAAAUUUGAUGAAAAACAUACAGAAUUAGAGAAAAGAGCUUCCGAGUUAGACGAAUCUAAAACAUCUAUCAAGGAAUUGAUUACAAGAUUAAAGCAACAAAAGGUUACAGCCGUGGACUCCACAUUCGAGAAAGUCUCGAAAAAUUUUGUUACGGUAUUUGAGAGUUUGGUCCCAAGAGGUACUGCAAAAUUGAUAAUACAUAAAAGUGAUGGAAGUGCCAGUAAUGAUAAUGCACCUGAAUCUGGCGAUGAAGAGAUGGAUGUGGAUAUGGAUGAAACAGAAGAUCAAAAAAAAAUAGAACCCAUAUAUACUGGAGUCUCUAUUUCAGUUUCAUUUAACUCAAAGGAAAAUGAACAACUACAUGUUGAACAAUUAUCAGGUGGUCAGAAAACUGUUUGUGCUAUUGCUCUGAUUUUGGCUAUCCAAAUGGUUGAUCCGGCUCCAUUCUAUUUAUUUGACGAAAUUGAUGCCGCUCUUGAUAAACAAUACAGAACAUCAGUCGCAAAACUAAUAGAGAAAUUAUCUGCAAAUGCUCAGUUUAUAUGUACUACAUUCAGAACUGAUAUGUUGGAAGUAGCUGAUACUUUCUUCAGAGUUAAGUAUGAAAACAAGAUAUCCACUGUAAUUGAAAUCGAUAGACAAGAGGCCAUUAACUUCAUUAAAGGUAGUAAUAAAUAUGCUGAGGUAUAA